ACUUGCUGGCACGAUCGUGAAAUUGCAGUUCCAUUUGCAACAUUUCAAGAUGCAGUACCGUGUGUUUAUAGCCCUGGCCCUACUGAGCCUGGCCAAAGCCGCACCCAGUGAUCCAGCACCAACUGUGGCUGUUGGCGUCCCAUUGCCGGAAUCGGACAAGAAUCAUUUGUGCAAAUUUCUAAAAUCUUUCGAGGAAACUCGAAUGGAACUCUUUGGUGUUAUCAUGGGCAUCAACAUGGUCUUUAUAUCCCAGGCUGAACAAAAUUUCCCAAACGGAUUUGCUGAUUAUUUAAAUAAUCUCCGUCGCGAAAAGAACACAUCGCUAAGCUUGUGGCAAAGGAAGUUCGGCGUCGACAGGGAACAGAUGAAGUUGAUUCUGCAGAACGAUACUGUGGCUCAGCAGUGGGCAAAGGAUCAUGUGUUCGAGUCGCACUACCUUGAGAUGCAUUUGUCCUUGUUCACUGCAAUUCAUGCCAUCAGCCAGCGUACAGUCGACGCGGCAAACCGAAUGAAGAGCAGCCUGAGCGAGGCAACUGUGGCCAGCGAGCACGAAUUCUUCGAUAAAUUUAAUCAAUAUUCAAAUUCGGGGCACUUUGGGCUCAACGCCCUAACCGAUUUAAUGAGCACUCUUGAAUCAAAAUUCAAAAAUAAAUACCAGUGCUCCAAGGCAGUGGAUUAA